GUCAUUCAUUUGUGGACGAGGAGGCGACAGUCAUGAAGUGAGGAGAGGGAGGAGGAGAAAGCUUCACAGCAGACCAAGAGAGGAAGGAAGGAGCACAGGGGUACAACGUCAUGAAAACGAGGAUCUGAGUGGAGAAAAAAAGACCCGAACCGAGCGAUCAUAUAUGUAGUGGAUGCACGGUUGUUCAUUUAGCGAACGAAUGCAGAGUAAUUGCGCUUAUUAUGUCCCACUGACGGCCGUGUUUUGUUAAGAUCUUAAAGACUGACCAUUUUGGAAAAGGAAUCGGCCACACAACAGCAGAUCUCAUCUCUACAAGAGCUCCCAGUACACGGAGAUAUGGAUUGCCUGUAGCUCUGUCGUGUGCCUGUUAUUCAACCUUUUUUUGGAGACCACAAAACCAACCAUCGAGAACCAACAAUUAGCCCCAUGCAUGGAGUAAACCGGAUUGGCAAUUCUCUGCACCUCGUUUUUUAAUGAGUAAAAGGACAUUCAAUUUCUUCUUGCACUCGGGCUCCCUGUGAAACAUUGAUUCCCGUUUUUUUACACCAGGAAAAAAGGCAGCAAAACCCAUCGGAGGCAUUAACAGCCAGGUGACCGGAGAGAACCAAGCCCAAGAUGAGUGAGUUGGAGCAGCUUCGACAGGAGGCAGAGCAGCUGAGGAACCAGAUCAGAGAUGCCAGGAAAGCAUGUGGCGACUCCACCCUGACACAGAUCACCGCAGGGCUGGAUCCCGUGGGGAGGAUUCAGAUGAGGACGAGACGCACCCUGCGUGGUCACCUGGCUAAGAUCUACGCCAUGCACUGGGGCACCGACUCCAGGCUUCUGGUCAGUGCUUCUCAAGAUGGAAAGCUCAUCAUCUGGGACAGCUACACCACUAAUAAGAUGCACGCCAUCCCCCUGCGCUCCUCCUGGGUGAUGACCUGCGCCUACGCCCCUUCCGGCAACUUUGUGGCCUGCGGCGGCCUGGACAACAUCUGCUCCAUCUACUGCUUGAAGACCCGCGAGGGCAACGUCCGGGUCAGCAGGGAGCUGCCGGGCCACACAGGCUACCUGUCCUGCUGCCGUUUCAUCGACGACAAUCAGAUCAUCACCAGUUCAGGGGACACUACAUGUGCAUUGUGGGACAUCGAGACGAGUCAGCAGACCACGGUGUUCUCGGGGCACAGCGGUGACGUCAUGAGCCUGUCCCUAUCUCCCGACUUCCGCACCUUUGUGUCGGGCGCCUGCGACGCCUCCAUCAAGCUGUGGGACAUCAGGGACAGCAUGUGUCGGCAGACCUUCACCGGCCACGAGUCCGACAUCAACGCCGUCUGCUUCUUCCCCAACGGCAGUGCCUUCGCCACGGGCUCGGACGACGCCACCUGCAGGCUGUUUGACCUGAGGGCGGACCAGGAGCUCAGCCUGUACUCCCACGACAACAUCAUCUGCGGCAUCACCUCCGUGGCGUUCUCCCGCUCCGGCCGCCUGCUGCUGGCCGGCUACGACGACUUCAACUGCAACAUCUGGGACGCCAUGAAGGGCGACCGAGCAGGGGUCCUGGCGGGCCACGACAACCGCGUGAGCUGCCUGGGGGUGACGGACGACGGCAUGGCCGUGUCCACCGGCUCCUGGGACAGCUUCCUCAAGAUCUGGAACUGAGCUGGAGGCUCCCGGAAAAAAACCCCGCACGCCGUUCUCCACGCAUAUCGACGACGACAAGACACAACACACACACACACACACACACACACAAACAACACAAGACACACACACAGAAGACACAUGCACACACACACAGACAGACCCCUAUUCACACUUUGGGAACACAUAGUUUGCACACUGUAUUUACACUGUACGUAAGAUAACACACAUACAAACAUUAUACUGUACAUAAUAUGUAUGAGAAUUAGGUAUGAGUUUGCACAAAUACACCAAUUUUCUUUUUUUUGUUGUAUGCAGUAAUGGUCCACAGGAGUUUUUGUUCACAGUGCCCACGAUAAUUAUACCAUUUUUUAAAUGUGACCAAAAUUAGCCUUUAGCAGCCCAUCCACCAAUAGGAACGUUGGAUUUUAAAUUCUUUAAGGCAAAUUUAACUCCCAACAAAACACAUGGACGCUCAAAAGUCAGUAAAUCAAGAUAAUUCCCACAAACACUAAAGAUAUCGGGAAAGGCAAGCGUUUACUGUUAGGUCCAAAAUGCACUUCCAAAUGAUUUCCCGCCGUUUUGUGCCCAAGUACAACACAUUGAGCGCAGGGGACAUUAAGUAAAAUAAGAGACGGAGGUUGUGAGGAAGGGAAUCAUCAACGUUUAUUACUACUGUGAGUGGCCAUUGGGAGUAUAGAAGACGAUACCGUCCGAAUAAUUGUUUUUUAAUUUUUGUUCUGGCUCACAAAAAAGGCAUAAUGUAGUUAAUGUUUUUAUAGGUAUUUACACCCACAUCUAUGAUUGUUUUGACUUUGAAGUUUAUGGUUAUUAUUAUAAUUAUUAUCAUUUUUAAACUUUAUUCUUAUUUUCAUGAUUUCCCUGUGUGCCUCAGAUACACUAAGGAUUAUGAAUGAUGAAAUUAAAUCAUGAACUCAAUGAGAUGAGAUUCUUAAAGAGGUAGAAAAAAAAAUAAAGAUAUCUUAAAGAAGCAGGGGCCAAUAUUCAUACUUUGACUUUGUCAAUAUAUUAUGUCAAUUUGAUGGUAGAACUGUACAUACUAUUAAUAAAUACACAUUGUCUCUCUUGCCAGCUCAA